UUUUGGCUCUAAUUGAGUUAGCUGAAACUAGUCCCAGUUUCUUUAAAUUCCUAGUUCAACAUCAUUUUGGCACACGUUUCAUAGUUCAAAGAGUGAAAAGAUUGUCAAAAAAUUCAUCCGGUUUCUAAGGGUUGAAAAAAAAAACCGAUGUGAUUGUAUAUAAAUAUUAGAGAAAAUCGAGCACACAAAAUUUGCCGAGUAGCGGCAUCGCAAGAAUACUAGAGCUUGUACAUUGUACAAUGUGUAUAUGUGCGCAUCUCUAUAAAUUAUUAAAUAAAUAUGUUUUGUACAGUAUAUCUCGGUAGCAGUAUAUGCAAUGAUUGUAAUGUAUCGAUUCAUUGGACAUUUAUAAGAAACAAUAUUGCAAAUAUGUAAUAUUAUGUAGCGAAAUAACGCGCCGCGAGCUCGCGCUCUUUUUUAAAAGCGCAUGCGCGCGCCCUCUCCGGUCUGGCUUUAUUCUCUGGAAAGAGCGGGGCGAUUGAGAGGGAGAAACGCAUUAACAGCGGAACCGGCCGGAUGCCUUCUUUUCGGUUUACUUCAGUUGAAUGAAAGACGCCGUGGCGUCUCGACGUGUACCUUGACGUUUCUCACGCGCGACCUUAUUACGUUCUCUCUGUCGUGUAGUUACCGUUGCGUAUCUCGCACGCGGUGCGUUAUCAUGAGAAAGUGAGUAAGAUUGAAUUUUUCGAUGUGCGCGAUUCCUCUACGAUUAUAAUUCACUACGCGCAACUUUGCCGCAAUGUCGGAGCAAUAAAAACAACGUGCGCCGAUCUGUUCCCAGCGGAUGGAAGAGCCGCGUCUCGCCUGAGUAUCGCCGUAAUUGACCAGUGGGCAGACAUCGUUGAAUCUAAAGAGAGUUCCACGCAGCGAUCAACCAUCACAAAUCGAGAAACGGGUCAACGGAUUCUUUUUCCAGAGCGCGAGCGAACGAACGCAAAAGAAAGUAGCGCGAUAAUGCGAUGAGACGACGAUAAGGUCAGAGUUUUGAUCGCCAAGUUCAAAGUCAUGUAUCGAUCAGCUGGAGCGAGGUCCGCGGUCUGUCAGUUGACCGCGGUCGCUGCCUUGAUUAUCUUGAUGGGAAUAACAGCGGCUCUCGAAGGACCGAAUAUAUGCACCCGACAAGAAACGUACACGAUAACGGUGAAAGUAUCCGAACAGAAACCUUACACCGUGCGAGAGAAUACGUGGUGCUUCAGUUUCCCACCGAGAUGUUCCAAGUACAAAGUUGUUUACAGAACGGUCUACAAGGAACAGGAACUGGUGAAACAAAAACCCGUAGAGGAAUGCUGCAAAGGCUAUACGCAAACCACGAACGGAGACCGUUGCAUUCCAGUCUGUUCCGAGGAUUGCCGCCACGGUACUUGUAUCGCCCCUGAUAUCUGCAAGUGUGAAUCGGGAUAUGGCGGGCCGUUGUGCGACUUCAAGUGCCCGUUGGGUAAAUGGGGCAGAGAUUGCGAGAUGGAUUGCAAGUGUCAGAACGAGGCCACAUGCGACCCGUUUGACGGUAAAUGCAUGUGCACGAGGGGCUGGACCGGCGUGUACUGCGAUCAGAAGUGUCUUCCCAACCGGUAUGGACAGGAUUGCGCCGAGGAAUGCCGUUGNAAAAACGGUGGUAGGUGCCAUCACAUUUCUGGCGAGUGUCACUGUGCCUCCGGUUACACCGGGCCGCUAUGCGACGACCUGUGUCCGGUGGGUAAACACGGCGAAGAAUGCAAGUCGGAGUGCCGUUGUCAGAACGGUGGAACUUGCAGUCCCUUGACCGGUCAAUGCUACUGUACUUCUGGCUGGACGGGUUCGGUUUGCGCGAAUCGAUGUCCGGAAGGUUUCUGGGGCAAGAACUGUUCUCAAACCUGCGAUUGCUAUAACGGUGCCGGUUGUCAUCACGUGACGGGCGAGUGCCAGUGCAAGCCAGGCUUUUACGAUGACAAGUGUCUGAAGAUCUGUCCCGCGGGUACGUUCGGACUGAAUUGCACAAAUAAUUGCACCUGCGAAAACAAUGCUGCCUGCAAUCCUAGUAACGGCACCUGCAUAUGCGGUUCGGGCUGGAUAGGUGAAAGGUGCGGUCAACGUGCUUGCGACGAUGGUUUCUACGGGCGCAAUUGCGCAAAGGUUUGCGAAUGCGAGGACGACAAUACAAAAUUGUGCCAUCCGUGGACCGGGCAAUGCUCGUGUAAGGUGGGAUGGGACGGCGAGACUUGCUCCAGACCGUGUCCCUUUUACAUGUAUGGCAAGGACUGCCAGAAUCACUGCAACUGCAAGAAUAACGCGCAAUGUUCGCCCAUCGACGGCACUUGCAUCUGCGCGGCCGGAUACCGCGGCAAGGAUUGCGGCGAGCUGUGUCCAGAGAACACCUUCGGCGAGGAUUGCGCGCAGAUGUGUGCCUGCAAGAACGGAGCUACCUGCUCUCCCGAGAAUGGGCGGUGCAAUUGUACGGCCGGAUGGGUCGGUGUACUGUGCGAUCGUCCAUGCGACGACAAGUCUUACGGCAAGGACUGCGAGAGCAAAUGCAAGUGUUUCAAUAAUGCGGCCUGCAAUCCGCAAAAUGGCACGUGCACGUGUGCGGCUGGUUUCACCGGCACGCUGUGCCAGGAUCGUUGUAAAAAGGGCUUCUUCGGGAACGGAUGCAAUCAGAUUUGCGACUGUGUGGAGGAGAAUACUAUGGACUGUGACUCCAUCACCGGGCAUUGCAACUGCAAGGCAGACUGGCGAGGGAUUCGAUGCGAAACAAAAUGCCUGGAGGGUCUUUACGGCAAGGAUUGUCACUCGCAUUGCGAAUGCAUGAAUAAUAGUUCGUGUGAUCCCACGACCGGAAGUUGUGUCUGCGCCAGGGGCUGGGAGGGCCCCGAUUGCUCGCGACCCUGCAAAGAAGGAUGGUACGGAAUGGGAUGCAAAGAGAAAUGCCCGGAAAAGAUGAACGGAAACAUGACUUGCGAUCACGUAACCGGCGAAUAUGUCUGCCGUCCUGGAUACCUGGGUCUGACUUGCGAACAUCCGUGUCCCCCGAAUCGUUACGGACUAAAUUGCGCGAAUCAUUGUCAUUGUAAGAACGGCGGAGAAUGUCACCAUGUAACAGGUGCAUGCCAGUGUCGACCCGGCUGGCAAGGCCAGUACUGUCAGACACCUUGCGUGGAUGGCACAUACGGCGUAAAUUGCACACAGCAUUGUAAAUGUCAGAACGGCGGAAAAUGCCGAUCCAACGAUGGCCAUUGUCGAUGUGCGCCGGGAUGGACCGGAACUGCAUGUACCGAGAUUUGUCCUGAAGGAUAUUACGGUGACCAUUGUAUGGAACCUUGCGAAUGUAAAAACGACUUCUUCAUGUGCCAUCCGGCCGAGGGUUGUAUCUGUAGGCAUGGAUAUACAGGUGAAAAUUGCAACGAGCAGUUAUUCUCCCGUAAUGUUCAGGAGAAGGAGGAAGAGGGAGGAUACGGACACAUUGUGGCGGUCGUAUUUGCGGCCAUCAUUGUGAUUGGCAUUUCAUUGACCGGGUGGAUGUAUCAUCGUCACAGAGUAGCUGAUCUCAAGAAUGAAAUAGCUCAAGUGCAAUAUAUAGCCGAGCCUGUACCUCCGCCAGAACGAAAUCAAUUCGACAAUCCUGUGUACGCGUAUCAAGGUUCCUCGAAAUUUGAUGACGGCACUACCACCUUGCUAAACAACUUCCAAUUCCGAAAUAAUCUCCUACAUAAGAAUAUAAAUACCGAGAAGGCUAAACUCGGCCUAGGUAAUUGCACUGACGACGAGGACGAUUGCAAAGGAGCGUACGGACUGCACUAUGACCUCAAGAACAAGGACGCUGAUAUGGGAAAUCCAAACUUGAAUGUUUAUCACAGCAUCGAUGAGAUGGACGGCAAGAAAAUCGAACAUGUCUAUGAUGAGAUCAAGCAGAACAACGAGUCGGAAUACGAUGAGUUGAAUCAUCCGCGACCAAUAAGUUGGAAGUCGCAUCCGAAUCGAACAGCCAACGGCUUCUUGUCAAAAUCGCGCGACAAUCCCGGACCUAGCACAGCGAUAGAUAAGGACCCGGAAUUAGGUUAAACCUAAGGUUCUUGCGCAACGUUCCUCACUUUCAACUGCCCAGGUUUGAAAUAGAAUUUUACGAUUGUCUCUAUCACUUGCUUAUAGACUGUCUUCUUUCUAUGAAUGAAUCUGUGGUACUUUCAUCUUGUAUAAUUUUCAUUUCGAAAAAUUUUUUAAGUCUCUAUGGAGAAAGAGAGAAAUGCUAUCAUAAAUAAUUACUAAGAUAGUCUUGUAAAAAACAUAUUGGAUACUACAUAUAUAUAUAUAUCCAUUGAUGUAGCGAAGUACGGCAGUAUUGCAAUGAAUAUGUAUAUUAAAAAAAUAUUUCGGAUUUAGAUAGAAAAACUUAUAUCUCUGGUCAGAUUAGAUUUUCUAUCUAUGUUGAUUACACAUUUUGUUUUUAAUUUAAUAGGUCUAUUACUAUUUGCUCUUUAAGCACUUCUUUUUUUAACAUUCUGUAUAAUGCUUAUAUAUGAGACUGGAAUUCUAUAACAAUGAAAUUUUUAUGCUGAAUUUUUAAUCAAAAAUUUAGCUUUUCCUUGAAAUAUUAUCGAUCUCUGACAUUUUUCGAUUGCAAUGAAUAAACUUAUCGCGAUAAUCCUGGAAGAUAAAUGUCUUUAUGAAUAUAUAAAAAAAUUUUUAGGUAUAGUUUUAACUAAAUUAUUGUAUAUCUCUCUAUUUGAUACGUGUGCGUAUGUGUCCCUAAAAAAGGGCAUAUGAGAGUAGUUUAAGCAACUGGCAAUGAUGAAAAGGUGAUAAUCAAAUCAUGAAUAGAAUAUGCAAGUAUAAAAAAGACUCGGAGGAUCCUUUAGAUAACAACAGUUUUGUUAUGCAAGUAUUUAAAAGGAUUCUAAUAAUUGUUGAUUUUAAAAUUAUAUAAUUUUAACAUAUCUUAGAAUAAAAUAGUAUUACAUAGAUCUCGCGUGAAUAAAUGCAAUUUUAUAAAUGCAAUAAAUUAGAUAAUUAUUAUGAAAUUAUACGUAAUAAAUUAGGAAAUUAUUACAUAUACGGCAUAUCUUUAUUAUACGCGAGAGAAAGAAAGUAUAAGCGCAAUCUUCAUUUUCAUCACUUUAUCCUAUUUAGUUAUUACCUGAUUGUUAUCAGUUAAACUGUAAUCGGUAAAUGCGCGUAUAAAUUUUAAGAGUAUCGAGUUUUUUAUAUUUACUUUUUAAGGAAGAUGGUGUGUGUGUGCAAGAUUUCAUGGGAUUCCGUUUUUAUCUUGCGUUUAUCUCUUGUGAUAUAAUUCUAUCUUUUAAUAAAUGGCAGUUAUAUUAGAGCAUCGCGCUCCGUAAUAUAUAACUGGCGCUUAAAUGCGGAGAAUAUGAUCGGAUGCAUGUAUUCUUACCAAAUAUAAAGAUUUGCAGGAUAAAUAAAAAUGAUAGCAUAAAUUUAUCAAUAAGAGCAUGCAAGGGGAGUCAGUGUGAUAAUACCGUAAUGUGCAUUGUUAAUAUUCGAAGCGAUUGAAAAGAAUAUUUUAAUAAAGAUUCUCCAAAGACACUUUAUUGCGAUCACACGUAUACAAUUGUAUAAUUUAAAAACAAUUUGUUCUAUCUCGCUCCUCAUCUCUAAGUUAAAUAAUCAUUUCACAAUUACACAAUUUGCAUUGUACGGAGCGCACAUCUAUUCUUAAGAUUAUCCUAUAAGAGAGUAUUUUUUACUAUUUAAAAACAUUAUAAGGAAUCAAUCACACUGUGACUUUCAUCAUCGAUAUCAACGCCUUGUAAAUAUUUCUAUAUGGCGGAACGUAAAGCAUGACUCGUGAUUUUCUUUGUAACGGGAUUAACCGUUUCUGAGCCUCCGCUCUUGUACGAUUUCCCAAACGGGCGGUACGGUCCAAUAACAUCCGCCGAGAAACUGCAGCAACGCAACCGCUCGAAGGCAUACAUUCUCACCUGUAAUUAUAUUAUGCCAAAUUAACGGAUAAAUCGAAAAAUCAAAGUCCGAGUUUUUCUCUCUCAUUAUCGUCGUAUUCUAUGCGCGUUGCGUACCAAAUCUAAGAAAUAUCUCUGUAAAAUUUCUUGUAAAAAAAAGAAGACAAUAAAUUUCUCGAUGUUACACAAAAUACGCACUAUGCACGAAGCAGAAGGUCAGCACGCCCAGUCCGACUAAGGUGGAGAACAACUUAUGCGAGCGAUGCGCGAAUUGAUUUCCCAGCACGUCGCACAAUGUUAAGUCCUGGCAAGUGAGCAAACUGUUGAUGCUAAUUCCGCCAAGUAGCGAGCAUAUCAGAAACCAGUAAUAGUUAUUCGUAUAAGAUAAACCUACAAAUAAGAUAUUGGUAAAAAUUGCUUUGUAACAAAAUGUCGCUUAUUUCGUGUUAAAAAAUAUAAUUGUGCAUUAUUAAUAAGUAAUUAAUAUUAUAUAAGAGAAUAAAUGAUUUUAUACUAU